CUUGCAGCACGCAGCUGAUUCUGGACGUUGACGAGUAACAAAAUGGGCAAGAAUACGGACAAGCUAUAUGUAACCCACUCGGAGCACGCCGCGGGGCCGGGAGGUGCCAAGCGAAGAACGGGAUCUGAGUUCAAAAGGUUGCCCUUUUACUGCUGUUCUCUUUCCUUGCAGCCCUUCGAACAUCCGGUAUGCACAAAGGACGGGAUGGUGUUUGAUCUCAUGUAGGAAUAUCAUUCCUUUCCUGAAAAAGUUCAACAAUAAGAACCCAGUAAACGGAGAGACCCUCAUGCCAAAAGACCUUCUCAAACUACACUUUCACAAAAACGGCGAUGGAGAAUAUUACUGUCCGAUAACCUUUAAAGUCUUCAACGAGAACACUCACAUUGUUGCCGUUGCUACGUCCGGCAAUGUCUACUCGUAUGAAGCCAUCGAACGUCUCAACAUUCAAACGAAGCACUGGGCUGAUCUGCUGACGGAUGAGCCUUUCAAGCGUAAAGAUAUAAUCACGAUACAAGAUCCCCACGAAAUUUCCAAACGAAAUAUAUCAGAAUUCUUUUAUAUUAAGAACGAUAUGAAAGUGGAAGAUGAGGAGGCCAAAAAGCUUGAAAAGGAAAUUGGUUUCAAGAUAAAUGCUAUGGGGGCGACCGAUCGGGUGCUGAAAGCCAUGCGUAAAAAGGACUCCGAAGCGGCUGGAACCCUGACGUCGUCAGCAACGUCAAGCGCGACUGAAUCAGUCACCCCGUCAUUUGUCUCCAAGGAAAAGAAGGCAUACAAUGCAGCGCAUUACUCUACCGGUGUUGCAGCUGCAUCGUUCACAUCAACUGCUGUACCGGUCGAGACGAAAAAUGCAGCUGCGAUCAUUGAUGAAGAGGAGUAUAUGUUUCAAAGGAUCAAAGAGAAGGGGUACGCGCAAGUCCGCACGAAUCUGGGCAACGUCAACUUGGAACUUUAUUGCGGGGACACUCCGCGCACAGCGUAUAAUUUCAUUCAAUUGGCGAAGAAGGGAUAUUACAAAAAUACUAGUUUUCAUCGGUCCGUUAAGAACUUUAUGAUUCAAGGUGGAGACCCAACUGGGACCGGACGAGGAGGCGAAUCCUUCUGGGGUAAACCCUUCAACGAUGAAUUCAAAGCCAACUUGACGCACACUGGGAGAGGCGUUUUGUCCAUGGCAAACAAGGGCAAGAACACGAACACUUCACAGUUCUUUAUCACUUAUCGAUCGUGCCAACAUCUCGAUUACAAGCACACCGUUUUUGGGAAAGUGGUCGGAGGAAUGGAUGUUUUGACGAAAAUGGAAUCUAUCGAAACCGACGAUGGGGACAAACCAAAGCAAGAUAUUCGCAUAAUCGACAUUGAAGUGUUUGUUGACCCAUUCGAGACGUUCCGAGAGAGCCUAGCAAAGCAAUUGGAAACAGGAGAAUCUGGGCCCACGAAAAAGGGCAAACAAAAGAAAAAGGAAGACGAAAAGAAUAGUGGUGGUGGGGGAGGAGUAGGAAAAUACUUGAAGAGAGACGUGAAUGCGGGCACAAUUGACUGGGGUACGCAUGUCGGGGAAGUCAAAAAGAAACAAAAGGUCACAAGUGGAGGUUUUGGUGAUUUCAGUUCUUGGUGAACCGUCAUGAAUUGGGUUAGAAAUUUAUACAUUAUCUGUACAUACUAUGUCUUGUAAUUUUAUUUAUGGGCUUUGCAGAACUCGAUAUAAACCUGCUAAAAAGGAUUGCAU